GGCAACACAGCUCAGAACGGCAUUCCGGCAAGAGCUUUGUAGCUACAAACACCUGUUACGCUUACCUUCUAACCCAGCCAGGCGGCCUGGACUAACAGUGCAAGCGCAGCUCUGCACAUGCCUCGCAGCGGCAGAAGCGGGAUGGUCGCUCGCUGCUGAGUUGCAAAAGGUGGCCAAAUUGCUGAGGGUGUUCCUAGAAUAUGUACACACAGCUCUAAAAUUGUACUAGCAAGUGUGUUACCCCAGGUGCAGUUGAGGUUGACUGCGUAUAAGCAGGUAUAAGUAAGCAGGAGGCUUCGCACGGACAAGCCAGCGGCAAAUACUAUUCUAUCACAAGUGCGGCAGCAUCGAGAUAGUGUUUGCCGGCACAGGCGGGGGUCGCCACGCAGUCGGUUGCGCCCGUUGCGUCCAUGGCCAGCCCGAAGGCCCCCUCGUCGCCGUCGCCGUCGCCCAAACGGCCAGCCGGGGCGACACUGUUGCGAUUAAAGUUUCAGUGGCCGCUGUCCUUCAGCGUUGCGGAGCCCGCAACGGAGUUUGACUGCCUAGCACCUGAGGGCCAGAAGCUUGCUGGGAUCAGUUACAGCACCGCUACGUUAGUGGCUCAGUUCACAGAUGGCAGCUACGCCUACCGGGAAGGUGGCGGCUACUCCUGGAGCCAGGCGCUGCCGCUCUCUCAGUACAUUGACCCGGUCAAGUAUCCCCUGCAGUGUGUCAGCGGUGGCAGCCUGCACUUUGCGGGCGUGACUAAGAAGGGGCGGGUCGUAUCGUCCAUCAGCCGCGGCGGCGAGAAGGCCGCCAAGCUGCUGGACGUGCCGCCCGGCGAGCUGCCGGCGGUGGCGGUAGUGGCGGGCGCCCACCACGUAGCGGCGCUAAACGAGGCGGGCCGGCUAAUGGUGUGGUCGGUGGAGGACAACUACUCGGCCAACGGCGCGGUGGCUGGAUUCACGGCAGUGCAGGUGGGGGCCAUGCCGCUGCCGGCAGGGCCCACGGGGCAGGUGGUGGUGGCGGGGGCGCCGCGUGUGUGGCGCCACCCAGCGGUCAUGCAAGGGCGUGUGCGCGUGACGGCCAUGUCCGCGGGCGUGACUCACACGCUGAUCGGGCUCAGUGAUGGCAACGUGUGGGUUGCUGGCAUCAAGGCCAGUGAGCGCUUCAGCCGCAAUUGCGGCAUCAGCACCAUCUACAGCAAGGACGUGCAGCAGGUGAAGCUGCCGGUGAAGGCGCGCACCGUGACGCACGUGGCGGCGGGCGACAGUGACGUGUGCGUGGUGGCCACCAACGCGGGCGUGGUGUGCUGGAAGGACGACCGGACCACCUACAACUUCAAUGAGUCCACGGGCUGGUCGGCCACCUACGCGCCAGCGCCGCGGCACCUGCCCGAGCUAGACGGCGUGGAGAUCAAACAGCUGGCGGUGUCCAACGCCUACCACAUGGUGGCGGCCCUGGCGGUGGACGGGCGCAUCUUCACCUGGUGCGUGGCGCUCAGCGAGAAGUCCUGGCCCGCCGACUGGCUGCGCCCCGGCCUGGCAGUCACGGUGCCGGGCGCCACCGCCAUAGGGUGGGCGGAGCGAGACCUGUACGUGACGGUGCCGGAGGGCAUGGGGCCGGAGGUGGUGAAGCUGGCGGCGGCGCGGCCGGACAAGUCGGCAUGAGCUGGUGUGUGUGUGUGUGUGCGUGGGCGGGGGGGGGGGGCGUUCAGUAGUCGGGAGGAAGGCGGGUGGAAGGCGCUGGUUGCUUGGCUUUGUGGUCGGAACGGUGCGGCUGGAGCAGUAUGGCAUCAGCUAUUUAGCCUGGGGAAACCUGACAUGGAGAGUCGGGGAACUCAAUCACGAGUGCUCAGUGCGGGGAGUUUGUGCUGCUGCCAUGGAAGGUAAAGUCUGGCUGGGAGUGGAGAGCGGACAACGCGCGGAGACGGAAUGGCUGCAGUGUCGGGCUGAAUGCAGAAGUGUUGGAAAGCCGCUGGCACAAAACGUGCUGAAUACCGUAUGGGCGGUGUUGCUCCUGGGCCACUUGAACAAGGAGUAGUUCGGAAUGUUGCGAGGGAGAGUCCGCACCAAAUGGCGAUGGGCUCGCAUUCGCAUGGAGGGGGCUCGGGAGCAUGUCGGGUACAAUACACUUUGGCCAUCGCGACCGACUCAACAUGCAUUGUGAUGAUUCAAGCUGGCCUCAGUGCUAUUUCCAUCUGUACAAACACUUAUCACCUAGG